CGAUCACUCCACUCCGUAGAAGAUGGCGCUGCAUAUUAGGCCGGAUAAUGCGAUCCCACAUCGUCUCCUAUCUGCAGCGGCAGUGCUUGGAAUUUUGAUGGUGCUGCUGCCGGGGCCGGCUGAGGCGCAGCCAUCUCCUGGUUACUACCCGAGCUCAAUGGUGAGGUCCACGCCAUUCUCGCAGCCCUACAGCAUCCUCUGGGGCCCGCAGCACCAGUCUCUCUCCUCCGACCAGACCGCCCUCACCCUCUGGCUCGACCGCUCCUCCGGCAGCGGCUUCAAGUCCAAGCGCCCCUACCGGAACGGCUACUUCGGCGUGUCCAUGAAGGUCCAGCCGGGCUACACCGCCGGCGUCAACACCGCCUUCUAUUUGUCGAACGCCGAGGUGUACCCGGGCUACCACGACGAGAUCGACGUGGAGCUGCUGGGCACCAUCCCCGGCGAGCCAUACACGCUGCAGACCAACGUCUACGUGCGCGGCACCGGCGACGCGCGCCCGAUCGUGGGGCGGGAGAUGCGCUUCCACCUCUGGUUCGACCCCGCCGCGGCCUUCCACCACUACGCCGUGCUCUGGAACCCAGACGAGAUCGUCUUCCUCGUCGACGACGUGCCCGUGCGCCGCUACCAGAAGAAGGUGGAGGCCACGUUCCCGGAGCGCGAGAUGUGGGCGUACGGCUCCGUCUGGGACGCCUCCGACUGGGCCACCGACAACGGCCGCUACAGGGCGGAUUACAGGUACCAGCCCUUCGUGUCCGGGUUCAGGGAGUUCAAGGUGGCCGGCUGCGAGGUCGGCGCGCCGGCGUCGUGCAGGCCUGUGGCGGCGGGGCCUGGAGGCGGGUUGAGCGCGCAGCAGGGUGCCGCCAUGAGGUGGGCGCAGCAGAGGUCCAUGGUCUACUACUACUGCCAGGAUGGCUCCAAGGAUCGCUCCAACUACCCUGAGUGCUAGCCUGCUACUACCUCAAGUUCAAGCUCAUCAGAAACUCGACACAGCGGCGGUGGAGGAGCUGCCCUUCCGUUAUCUUGAAAUGGUUGAGGCGUACGUACCAAUAUAUGUAUAGUGUGAUCGAUACUAUGAUUCGGUUGUGUAUAUGUGUGUGCGCGAGGUCAAGCAGCUGCUGGACGUGUCUAAGCUAUUUGUGAUACGACUUUGGUGUAUGGACUGAACUGGUCAAGCACCCUUAA